AACUUAUCCGAAAGUACAAAGACAUCCAGCUUUAACGAAAACGGUCAUACUAAAAACAAUGGUAUUUCGAUUUUUGCUACGUUAUUUGGCUAAUAAUGAACAGUUAAUUCAGCGGAUGUCUGAGAGUUACCCAAUGCGACGUGCUGCUCAAAUGGUUGUAUCCAUUAUGUAUCGUACCAAGAAUAUGGCUCAGGAGCGUGGGAUACAUGACAUGACUCCGGAACGUUUCAAGUCAUUUAUGGCUCUUUUCAAAAACAAUCUUAAGAAAGAAAUUGAAGGCGUAAAGGACGAAAUAAAAAAGAAACCGUUUUAAAAAAGCAAUGUAGAAAUAGCAUACUUAUCGAUAAACUUAGUGAUAUCACCUAUAAUAAAUUAUAUGAAAUUA